AAAGAGUGCUCUUUGCUUCACUAACCAUUCGAUCAAAUCUCUACUUUUUCACGCGUAAAUUGACGUGUACCAUUCAUUGAUAAAUUUUUAGAAAUGCUUUAAAACCAAAAACAAGUUCAAUUUUAAGCAAUCACAUACAUAGUAAUAUUGUACCAAGAUGGGUUUCAAAGCUUUUUUUGUGUAUUCUUUUGUAUUUAUUUUAAGCUAUGGUUUUUCAAUGUCUCAAAUGGUUCCAGCUGUUUAUGUAUUUGGAGAUUCACUUGUAGAUGUUGGAAACAACAAUUACUUGACUCUUUCUAUUGCUAAGGCUAAUCAUCGUCAUUAUGGUAUUGAUUUUCUUGAUCAUAAACCAACUGGGAGAUUUAGCAACGGUAAAAAUGCUGCUGAUUUUAUUGGUGAGAAAUUGGGUUUGGCAACUUCACCACCUUACCUCUUUUUAAUAUCAAAGGCCAACAAAAGUGUGAAUAAUGUAUCCUUCAUCAAUGGUGUUAGCUUUGCUUCCGCAGGUGCUGGAAUAUUUGAUGGUACAGAUGAACGUUAUAGACAAUCGUUACCGUUGACAAAACAAGUGGAUUAUUACUCAACUGUUGUGUAUGGAGAACUGACACGAGAAGUUGGAGCAAGUGCUUUACAAAAGCAUCUCUCAAAAUCAAUUUUUGCUGUUGUGAUUGGAAGCAAUGAUAUCUUUGGAUAUUUUGAGUCAUCUGAACUUCGUAAGAAAAGUACCCCACAACAAUAUGUUGAUUCCAUGAUUUUCUCACUAAAACUGCAACUUCAGCGAUUAUAUGAUAAUGGUGGCCGUAAAUUUGAGAUUGCGGGAGUAGGGGCACUUGGAUGCUGUCCCGUGUUCAGGCUCAAGAACAAAACAGAAUGCGUUGUAGAAGUCAAUUACUGGUCAGUUCAAUAUAACAAAGGUCUUCAAUCUAUGUUGAAAGAAUGGCAAUCGGAGAAUGAAGGCAUAAUCUACUCGUACUUUGACACUUAUUCCGCCAUGAGCAGCCUUAUUCAAAGUCCAGCUUCCUACGGAUUUACAGAGGUGAAAGGUGCUUGUUGUGGACUAGGAGAGUUAAAUGCCAGGGCUCCUUGCCUGCCUGUGUCAAACCUUUGUCCCAACAGACAAGACCAUGUUUUUUGGGAUCAAUUUCAUCCAACGGAGGCAGCUUCGCGUAUCUUUGUCGACAAAAUUUUCGAUGGUUCUUCAACUUACACUUCUCCUAUUAAUAUGAAACAGCUAGUAGCAGCCUGAAGUUAGGAGUUAGCUAUUAGACUAUUAGUUUAAUUAAUGAUAAAGAGGAUGGUCCGUAAGAAAGGUGUCGUGGGAAAAAAAUUGUAAUACAUGGAGGCCAUUGAUUCCACAUUAGUUUAAUCAUAUCAAUCGACAUAUAUGGAGGCUAGUGAUGACUAAUAUUAAUAUGAUGAAGAUCCUUGUUGAAAACUACAA